AUGCAAGCAAUUGUCUUAAAGCUUCCGCAGUAUCUGCAGACCAAGUGGAGGGAUCGAGUAACCCAAGCAAGGAUUCGAAACCACGUCAUUGGUUUUCCAGACCUGGUCGUCUUUAUAGACUUUGCAGCCAAGUCGGCGAACGAACCAACGUUCAGUAAGCAAGCUUUGACCAACUUACAAGAUGCAUCAUAUUACAAGGGGACCCACAACAAGGCCAAGCAGAUGUCUCACAUGAAUCAGUCAACCAGUUUAGCAACUCAAGUUGGAAACGACACUUCACAAUGUAAACGAAUUUCUUCAACUUGUUAUUUCUGCAAACAACCUCAUGAUCUUGAUGACUGUAGAUCCUUUGCACAAAAGUCUCUCAGCGUAAAGCGUGACUUCUUAAAGGAAAGUAACCGAUGUUUCAGUUGCUAUGGCCUCAAUCACUCCGCCAAAGGUUGUCUAAAAAGACGCACUUGCAAAACCUGUAGUAGACGUCAUCCUACCGCUAUGCACGAUAACAACUUCCAGCCACUGAAAAGGCCAAACGAAGUAGUGUCUGAAAGUAGUAACAAGCAAUGUAGUAAUGAUACUCCUGUCAAACAGGUUCAUGAUGCUGCAAGUUGUAACGCUUCAAAGUCCAACAACUGUAUCGAAACUGUUCUUCAGCCUAUUCUUCCCGUAAACGUGAAACAGAAGGGAAGUAAUCGGGUUAUCACUACAUAUGCCAUGUUGGAUAACGGUAGUACAGGCUGCUUUAUCACGGAAGAUCUACGAGAUCGACUUGGUGCCAAGUGUUCGCCUACUGUAUUAAAGCUUCAGACAAUGAAUAGUGUAGAUUUUGUCAAGACAUCUGCUGUAGAUGACCUUGUGGUUUCGGAUCUUGACGACAUGCAGCAAGUAGAUUUGCCACGUACAUUUUCCAAAGAUGUUAUGCCCGCAGAUCAUGAUCACUUUCCAAAGCCUGAACUACUGAAACAAUUUUCUCAUCUUAAAACUGUUUCUGACAAAUUACCAGUACACAUGCCUAAUCUUGACAUUGGUUUACUGAUAGGCAGUAACUGUUCACUUGCGUUACAGCCAUUAGAAGUGGUUCCACCCCUAGGCGAAGGACCCUUUGCAGUUCUUUAUAGGCAUGGUUGGACAAUGAAUGGUCCAAUACAGCUCAAACUCAAUCUUUCCAAAAACACUUUAGUAUGUAAUAGAAUUGUUCAAAAAGUCAAAAGAAUGCAUUGCUCCUGAAACAGUUUUGAAAUUGUUUGAGUUAGACUUCAAUGAGCCAGAUCUUGGAUCGACUCCAAACGAACGAGGCUAUUCUGUUGAAGAUCGUCCUUUUAUGAAAGAAACUGAACAAAAUCUCAAAUUCGUUGAUGGCCAUUUUGAAAUUCCUCUUCCAUUUACAGAUGAAUCUCCAGUUCCAUGUAACAGGGAACAAGCUUUUAAACGCGUCCUUUGGCAAAAGCGAAAGAUGCUAAAAGAUGAUAGGUACCAUAAAGAUUAUGUCAAAUUUAUGGACACUAUAUUAACUAAAGGAUAUGCUUGUGAGGUCCCUGAAGAUGAACUGCACCGACAAGAAGGUGAAACUUGGUAUUUACCGCAUCAUGGUGUCCAUCACCCAAAAAGGCCAAAUAAGAUUCGCGUCGUAUUUGACUGCAGUGCUAAAUUUGAUGGUUGUUCACUUAAUGAUGUUCUGCUACAACUCUUUGAUUGGUGUCCUCACAAGAUUCCGCUCAGAUGAUAUUGCUUUUAAGGGUGAUGUGGAAGCAAUGUUUCACCAGGUGAAAGUGCCUAAAGGACAACAAGACUUUCUCCGGUUUCAGUGGUGGCCUAGCGGCGAUUUGAACAGUGAUUUAAAUGAGUACAAAAUGACUGUUCACACUUUUGGAUCUGUGUCAUCUCCCACUAUUGCAAACUAUGCACUGAAAGCUUCUGCAAGAAAUGCAAACUCAAAAUAUGACGCAAAAGUUAUCGAAACCAUAGAAAGGAACUUUUAUGUAGACGACUGUCUCAAGUCUGUUGAAAACAACCAAGUAGCUGUUGAGCUGAUAACCAAUUUGCAAUCUGCAUGCGCAGAAGGGGGAUUGAAUCUUACCAAAUUUACUAGUAACAGCAAAACUGUUUUGGCAUCCAUUCCCACCGAACAUUGUUCUAAGGAAAUCCAAACAAUUGAUUUGAACUAUGAUGACUUUCCAAUGGAACGAGCACUUGGUAUGCAGUGGGAUAUAAAAUCAGAUAGUUUCAAAUUCUCGGUAGAUUUGCCGAAGAAAUCAAUGACAAGGAGAGGAAUUUUGUCUACAAUGUCUUCCUUGUAUGAUCCUUUAGGCCUUGUAUCACCAGUCUUGCUACCUGUUAAAAAGAUCCUUCAAAACUUAUGUAAGGACAAGUCCUUAGGCUGGGAUGAUGAAGUCAGCACUGAGCACAAACGAGGAUGGGAACAAUGGCUUCAAGAGUUGGAAUUGUUAAGAGGCUUAACUGCUUCAAGCCUUCUCCUUUUGGCACAAUUAUUUCCAGACAAUUGCACAUCUUUUCUGACGCUAGUACUACCGGGUACGGAUGUUCAGCUUACCUUAGACUAUGUGAUGACCAAGAUAACAUACACACUGCUCUGUUAUUAGGCAAAGCCAGGCUAGCCCCUUUGAAAACUCUGACCAUCCCAAGGCUUGAACUGACAGCAGCUACAGCUUCAGUUAAACUUGGUCAGUUUUUUUGCAUGAGUUGGACAUCAGCAUUGAUAAAGUCACUUAUUACACCGACUCCACAACCGUUCUUCACUAUAUCAGCAAUGAGUGGAACAGAUUUCCAGUUUUUGUAACAAACCAUGUGAAGAUGAUCAGAGAUUACAGCGAGCCCCAGCAAUGGAAGUACAUUGAUUCAAAAGGUAACCCAGCAGAUAUUGCUUCUAGAGGCUCAGGUUGUAAGCAGUUUCUCAAGUCAACACUCUGGUUUGAUGGACCACAGUUUCUCGGAACUCCUGAAGACAAAUGGCCAGUCUCUGAUUGCCACGAAUAUGCUGGAAUGGUAAAGUCAGAAGAAGCUGCCAAUGCUGAAAGUGAGACAGUAGAUACUUUGAUCAAUCAUUAUUCUUCAUGGUAUCGUCUAAAAAGAGCUAUUGCAAUUUACCGCAGAUUCUGUGCUUAUCUUCAGGUCAAGAAAUCGAAAUCCUCAAGUGGUCUGAAGAAGCAAUCCACUGCAAUGAAUGAACCCCUCACCGUCCAAGAGCUUGCAUCAGCUGAAAGAAACAUUCUUAGAUUUGUCCAAUUGAACACUUACAAGUCUGAAAUAGUAUUUCUUGAGAGCACAGCAAAGGAAAGAGGCCGAGCACAUGUCAAAUUACCAAAGACCAGUUCCAUUCAAAAGCUCAAUCCUUUUGUCAACGAUGGUUUGCUGCAAGUUGGUGGUCGUUUAAGCAAAGCAAAUGUGCCUGAUCUUGUCAAACAUCCAAUUAUCUUGCCCCGUAAAAGCCACGUAGCUACCUUGAUCAUUCAACAGAUCCAUGAUAAACUUGGCCAUGCAGGUCGUAAUCAUGUGUUGUCUGCCUUGAAAGAAACAUACUGGAUUCCAAACGGAAACUCUGCUGUAAGGUCAGUUCUCAACAAAUGUGUUGUAUGCAGGAGAUAUAAAAUGCCUAUAAGUGUACAACUAAUGUCAGAACUUCCAGCCAACGGUGUCAACCCAGCGCCUCCUUUCACAUUUACAGGUAUUGACUUCUUUGGGCCACAUGUUGUGAAAGAAGGGCGUAAGUACAUCAAACGUUAUGGUGCACUUUUUACAUGCCUUUUACAACCGUUCAUAUUGAAACCGCAAAUUCUUUGAACACAGAUUCCUUCAUUAAUGCUCUUCAGCGCUUCAUUGCUCGUCGAGGUCCAGUUCAAGAAAUCCACUGUGACAACGGAACAAACUUCAAAAGCGGCGCCAGGCAACUUCGUCAAGCAAUAGAUGACUUGGAUCAGUCAAAGUUACAUUCUCAUCUACUUCAGCAAGACAUUAGAUGGAACUUCAAUCCACCCUCGGCAAGUCAUAUGGGUGGAGUGUGGGAAAGGCUGAUCAGAUCUGUCUGCACUGUCCUGAAUCCUUUACUUCAUGAGUUUAGUCAGCAACUGGAUGAUGAAAUGUACAGAACCUUCCUAUGUGAGGUAGAAGCAAUUUUGAAUUCAAGACCUCUCACUCCAGUUUCUAGUGACCCUGACGAUCUUGAUCCACUCACGCCAAAUCACCUUCUCAUGAUGAAAUCAAAAGUCUUUAUUCCCCCAUCUGGCGAAUUUCAGCUAAACGAUGUUUUUGCACGUCGACGCUGGAGACGCAUUCCACAUCUGGCAAAUGUCUUCUGGUCACGUUGGAAAAGAGAGUAUCUUGUAACACUACAACAACGUCAAAAAUGGAACACUCCGAACCGCAAUUUCCAAUUGAACGAUAUCAUGCUCAUAAAAGAUGAUACACUUCCCCGAAGCACUUGGUCUAUGGGUCGUGUGACCGGAACUGAGGCUGAUGAAAGCGGAUAUGUCAGGAGUGUCAUAUUGAAAACAAAAGACUCUGAACUGUGAAGACCUAUUCACAAACUCGUUUUACUCAUUCCCUCAAACAGUUGAUUAAAAUGUAUGUUUGACGUCGUGUAAAUGACAUUGUCAUCUUGCAUUUUUGUAGGUCUGUUUUUUGCUGUUAAACACACCGUGAGUAUGUUUAAGAGGCCGAGUGUGUAGAUGCAAGAUUUCCUAAUGUUUGAAAGUAUGAACUGUUAGUGAAAUGACAUGAAAACAAGUUAAAAUUGUUACAAUUCAUUUAACUUAUUAUCCAUGGUGGUUCAAUGAUUAAGACACUUUAUCAUUACACCAAUGUUCUAAAGUUCAAUUUCCACGUAAUAUGAAUCAAUUCUAAGAUACAUGUAUACAAUGUUUACAUGUUCUCAGUAACUUUCCACUACCUCGUGACCUUAACCUUCAUGUGCAAUGUCAAAGCUCACAGGUCAUGUCGCGACCUCUUCAAAGCUCAUGCAUUUUGAAGCACAUGCUCACCAGUGUGUAUUGGACCUCCAUGCUGCCAGGUUCUCACCUUACUGCCUGCUAUAUUUGAACUAUGUAAAGACACAUUUUUCUAAACCUCAUCAACUUGUCGGCGCUUCAACUGGUCACCAACUUGUCACCAAUUGUUCCUAAAGCCAUGGCCCUGACUAUAAACUGUAUUAUGUUUAACGUCACAAAAUAAACCCUGUUUAUGCGA